CAACGCACCGGCGCAUGCAGAUACAGAUACAGCUACGAACUCGUUCCGCAGAUACAGAUACAACGUCCGCGAGUCAAGAGUCCGAAUUCGCACGACACGCAGCGCGCAGUGGUGGAGUUGUGCAGGCAAAAAAAAUUACCAUUGCAAACGGGAAAUUCAAUUAGUUGUCAAGUGAAAUACAAAGGCAAACCAAGGAAAAGUAAAUAAACAAUAAAAUCACAAGUAAAACUAAAAGUAAAAGUGCGAAGAAAUGCCAACGCAACAACAACAGUCGACGGUUCUCGGUCAGCAAAUAAAGAUGGGCAGCGAGACAGGUGCCAGUGCAGGUGCAGGAGGUACGAGCGGGUCUAAUGCCAAACAAAAGCCCAAAAGCCGCUCAUCCUGCUGGCUUUUGCAGCGCCGCCAGCUGGACAACAUCUCCACAGUCGUGGCCGAAAUGAUAGCCACCGCCAUGUUGAUGUUCCUAGGGUGCAUGGGCUGUGUCCAGAACUCCGUGUUCACCAACUCGAACUUCCAGAGUGCCGUCAACUUUGGCUUUGUGGUGCUGAUCUGCAUCCAGUGCUUUGGCUGUGUGUGUGGCGCUCACCUGAAUCCCGCCGUCACCUUGGCCACCUAUGUCUACGAUAUGAUCUCACUGCCCAUGGCCCUGGCCUACUUUGUGGCCCAGAUGGUGGGCGCCUUCAUAGGCUAUGGCCUGCUCAAGGCUGUGCUGCCUGAGAAUGCCAUAUAUAGCACGGAUACACCCGAUGGCGUGUGUUUAACAUCUCUGAAUAGCACUCUGACCAGUUGGCAGGGUCUGGCCAUUGAGUUCCUAAUCACCUGCGUCCUCAUCUCUAUUUGCUGUGGUGUCUGGGAUCCAAGGAAUGCCACGAAACAGGAUUCGGUGCCAGUGCGGUUUGGAUUGGCCAUUGCCUGUCUUUCACUAACGGCGGGCCAACUUACUGGAGCCAGCAUGAAUCCUGCCCGAUCCUUUGCCCCGGCCAUUUGGAAUGGAGCCUGGGACAAUCACUGGAUCUACUGGGUGGGACCCAUGGCUGGAUCUCUGGUCACCUCCGUGAUAUAUAAAUUCGCCUUCCGGCGAGAGGUGGACGAGGACGCUGAACUGGAAGAGUCCACCAUGUCAACGAAACGAGUCUCCGAGGCGGAAUUUGCAUAGAUAGGAUUUUAGGGAUCUAAUCCCCCGUUUUAUUGUUUAAGUUGAAAGCGGUUGUAGUUUUUUAAGUUCGUACAAAAUAAAUACCUUAAAUGAAAUCUUAAGGCGGCAGACGUCGUCUUUGCCGUCAUAAUCAUAA